UAAAGAAGAAGAAGAAGACUUCAGUGCGGUUGCUGAGCUGCGGGUUUUUGGAGUUAGAUACAAGAUUUUAUCGAGUUAUAAUAACUUAUCUCUCAGUAUAGAGCGCGGGCUCAGGACAGGUCACCAUCACAUUCAGUACAAGGACACUCUUGUCCACUGGUCAGCAUGCUCAGCUCUUUGAGGCUGGUCCGCUGGAUGAAGCUCGCUGCUUUUCCAGGACCUGGAAUUGCACCAGUUCAAUGCCACGCCAGCCAUGAUGCCCGCAUGUGGAUGAACUCUGCUGGGAGGCUGUCAGCUGCAGACAACAGAGGAAGAAGAAGGGAGGAGGAUGCUUAUGAGGAGGAGCUUGAUACAGAUCCUGUUGAAGCCAAACUGGGGUUGCUUGAAAAGGAGGAGCGAAGAAUAAGAAACGCUACCAAAUUUCACAAGAUCAGGAGGCAGAUGAGUGAGCGUGGAGCCCCUGAGAGGAGACUGACCUGGGAUGCAAUUGAGCAGAUAAGAUACCUAAAGCAGGAGUCUCCGCAGGAAUGGACCGUGCAGAGAUUAGCAGAAGGUUUCUCAGUCAGUCCCGACACCAUCUCCAGAAUCCUCCGCAGCAAGUUCACUCCUCCUCCAGGAAGAAAGAUUAAACAGGACUUGAAAGCGUUGGCUACAGUCAAACCUCUUUCUCUCAGAGACGGACAAACUGACCUGUCCAAAAAGGGCCAGAUCAGACUGCCUACGCCAGACGGCUCUGUGCCACCCAUGCUUUCCUCAGGCAACACUGGUGCUUUGACUGCUCUGAGCCCUGAAGCACAGGUACCAGCAGAGUUUGAGACUGGACUGGUUCCCUCUGGUGGUGAACAUACAUCACUGACGAGAGGAACAUCUCAAAUAUCACUUUUCCCAUCUGUGAAGCAGAGUGCAUUACAGCAACAGCCCAAUGAAAAUCAGGAGCAAAUGGAGGCUGAAGAAGCAAAGAUUUCAGAGACUGAGUACGAAUCGAACUCUGAUAGAGUGUUCCUCACGGACACAGAACUGGAGGAACUCAUUCAUACACUGCAGGAAAAGCCCAGUGCAGUGGAACAGAAAGGCAGGGAGUUUUUUGACAGUCAAGGCAACUUUCUGUACAGAAUAUAAGGAUAAGAAUCCAUGAAUCCUGUUCAUGUAGCUUGCCAUCAGCUACCAGAGCCCUGAGCGAGCCAAAUUGGCUUUGCUCUUUCUGGGUGGCUACAGUAGAUGGCGCUUGCUCCCCACAUCACUCUAAAAGGGUGAUGUCGAUCAGCACAAGACGUCUGUGAGCUAGUGUAUCAGAACGGAUUCGCUGCACUUUCCUCCGAGCGCACUGUGAUGCUACUCGGCAAUGCUACAGCAAUCAGCAGCAGUUUGAAAAGAGGCGGAGUCUGACUUAAUAUGUAUCGGAGGAGAGAUUCACCCUCAUGGUGUUGGGGCAUCACUAGUAAUAAGGGGAGUCCUAAUGAGUGAGUUGGGUAAUUGGAUGUGUAAAUUAGGGAGAAAAUGGGGGGGGGGGGGGAAUUGAAAUAAAAUUAUAUACAAAAAUAUAUAUAAAUACUAGGAUAAGGAAACCCCUAGCAGUUUGUUACUUGAUAAACACCAAUAAAAUCGCUUUCUAUAAUUUGUUAAAGUGCGUUGUGUUGGUGAUAAUGUUUGUAUGCCUUUUGAAUAAAAUGUUUAACAAGUUUCAAAAUCAAA